CUAGGCAGUAUAUAAAGGGAGGCAUCACCUUCACCCUCUUUAUCUAUCUCUCUCCCAAACUCUCUCCUAGCAUCCACAGACGAGUAGGAAGAGACCACCGUGCGUGGGGAGAGAGAAGUGGACGCUUUCCAUCAUCAAUGGCUGCUCUCAGGAGUUGCUUGAAGAGAAGCUCCCAGACCCGCCACAGUCAUGAGCUCCUGAUGCCGCUCCGAUCGCUCUUCUCGACGGAAGCCGUCGCGUCGGGCUCCCCUUCCUUCGCGCAGCGUCUCCGAGACCUCCCCAAGGACCUCCCGGGGACCAAAAUCAAGACCCACGUCUCUCAGCUGAUUGGAAGAACUCCCCUGGUAUUUCUGAACAAAGUCACCGAAGGAUGCGGGGCUUAUGUUGCAGUCAAGCAAGAGAUGAUGCAGCCUACGGCCAGCGUCAAAGACAGGCCCGCACUUGCGAUGAUCGAAGAUGCCGAAAAGAAGAACUUGAUCAGUCCCGGGAAGACGACUUUGAUAGAGCCGACUUCGGGGAACAUGGGGAUCAGCCUGGCUUUCAUGGCGGCCAUGAAAGGGUAUAAGAUGGUCCUAACGAUGCCCUCUUACACAAGCUUGGAGAGGAGGGUCACCAUGAGGGCGUUCGGCGCCGAGUUGAUCCUCACCGAUCCCACCAAGGGAAUGGGCGGGACGGUCAAGAAGGCUUAUGAACUCUUAGAAUCCACUCCAAAUGCUCAUAUGCUGCAACAGUUUGCGAAUCCGGCCAAUACUCAGGUGCAUUUUGAGACUACUGGUCCUGAGAUAUGGGAGGAUACGAAUGGACAAGUAGACAUUUUCGUGAUGGGGAUUGGCAGCGGCGGCACCGUGUCGGGUGUCGGGCAAUAUCUCAAGUCCAAAAAUCCUAAUGUCAAGAUAUAUGGACUUGAGCCUACUGAAAGUAAUGUCCUUAAUGGCGGCAAACCUGGACCCCAUCAUAUCACCGGCAAUGGUGUCGGAUUCAAGCCGGAUAUCUUGGACAUGGAUGUAAUGGAGGAAGUUCUCAUGGUUUCCAGUGAAGACGCGGUGAAUAUGGCGAGGCAAUUGGCAUUAAAGGAGGGAUUGAUGGUUGGAAUAUCUUCUGGAGCUAACACUGUCGCUGCUCUCAGACUCGCGCAAAGGCCAGAGAACAAAGGCAAGCUUAUUGUGACCAUUCAUCCAAGUUUUGGGGAAAGAUAUUUGUCGUCGGUCCUGUUCCAGGAGUUGAGGGAUGAGGCCGAGAAGAUGCAACCGGUUUCGGUCGACUGAGGCGGGUUCUUCACUAGGAGAGUCGCACAGCAUUUUGAUUAACAAACCUAGAUGAAGAAAAUGCUUGCGCGAACUGCCGUUCGUGCAGCUAAACAUGGGUCUCUUGUCACUCUUGCCUCUGUGUACUUGGUGAUUUUAUGUUUUUAUUUGGACUAAGUGUCGAAUCUUCCUCAAUAAUAAUACGCGCGAGGUCGAAAUUACACAUGCCA